GCCUGCGUGCGUUGCCUUGCGUCCCCUUUAAUGUUACUGCACUGUCCUGUACUGUCUUUGUGUGUUUGGUUGUACCGAGUACUCCGUACCAGUACUUGUACGUGGUACCUCAGCACCUGCCACGCCUGCCACGCCUGCAGUCCGAUUCCCUGCCCCUCGCCUCGAAACUCGCCUCGCCAAUAGAACCAGCCCGUUGGGACUCGCCCCCCGCCAUUACUCGCUGCUGCGCUCACCUGUAUGUCAUCGCGACUGGCAUCCACCCGGCUCCAUCUGCCAGUCUGCCCUGUCUGCGUGGUAUUCUGUACGGUAGACUACCGCCAGAAAGAGCAUUCUUGCUGAGCUGAGAGCAAUGCUGGCCUGACUGCAAGGACCUGUCCUGGAGCCCACGACGACAUCCUGUCCGCUUUAUUGCUCGCUGCCAGGAAUAUUCUCCUAGUGUGCUGCACUGCAUCACCUGUCUGUCGGUCGUUUUUGCAUCUAUCCGACCUUGGCGACUCUCUGCGUCGAGUCGGGACCUGCAUCGACGACACAACGCAUACCUAAAGUACCCAAAGUACCAAUAGUACCUGCCUCCGUCCUCCACCGCCUCUUCGCCGUGUCUCCCGCCAGACCAGCAGCAACAAGUCAAGCAGGGCGGCCGUGCAGCGAGCCCAGACCAUCCUCUUGUUCAGGGGCAUUCUCCCUAUUCGCAUCGGAAGCGGGCCAACACGUUAUCGAGUGCGCCAUCUGCCCAGCCGAGUUGCCGUUGGUCAGCGCUUUCAAAAAGGGACGAGUGUGUGUGUCCACAACAAGCACGGGUACAGGCACAAGCAGGCUGGGCGGCUGGGCGGCUGUGGUGCUUGUGGUGCUGUGGGUGGGCUUCGACAGGGGCCAGGGCAUGCAAGCAGGAUCGACGAGUCUGACAAGGAGCAAAACGUCCUUGACCACGGCGAGCCAGUCCGCCUCAGCCAGUCCGCUUCAGCCCCACGGGCACAUCAUACUACCGUCCAACACCCCACCACGGCCUGGAACAGUCUCUACCGCAGCAAGCACUACAUCUAUGCGAGACUGCUGCAUGCUGCAGCCGAAGCACUCGCGCCUCCUUCCACGGCCUUCGAUCCCUCGGCUAUACCCUCCCUCGACCUGCCCAUUAUUCUUGAGAUUUCUGGUCUGGUCCUGGUCCUCUGGCCCUGCCUCCUCCUUCGUCCGGUCUCGCUACUGUCAAGACAGCCUGAUAGGUUCUGCCGCCGAAUCAGCUUGACUCUUUGUCACCUCAUCUCCCCACUGCUUGCGCUUGUUCCAGUCACUUCUUGGUUAUUUGCAAUUCUUAUCGUUAGCUUCACUUGUAUUGCUCUGUUUGCUGCUCCCGUUGCAUGAGUUGGUGUAUUCAGUAGCCACAGUAGCCACCCUUCGCUUGUUAGUUACUCUCGAAAUUGGUCCAAAUUAACACGAGGUCACAAUGGCAGACCAAAAAGGUCCGGGGAAAGGAGACGGCGCGGCCGAUACGGGGCGCACAGUCAAGUUCUCCACUCUACCAACGAGGCCAGACGAUUCAAGAACCCCAGGCUCCCAGAGGCCAAACCUCGACCGAGCCGUCACCCAGUCCGACCUUCUUGCUCACCACCAAGACUCCAACACCAACAUUCCAGUCACCCCGGGAAUCGGCGUUGAGACCUACGACUCCGGCACCAGCGCUGACUCCGCCGAAUCCACCGGCAGCAACUACUUUUCCUCAAAACCACUCCCCCCCACCCAAGAGGCCGUUGCCUCCCCCAACGCCAUCGACGACACCAUGGCCGCCGAGCCCACCCCCAUGACCGGCCAUGACAUCCUCCGCCGCAUGAGCAAGGCCAGCCGCGGCAGGCGGCAGACCCUGAGCGAGAUCAAGUCUGCCUAUCCAGCCUUGUCGCUGAGCGGCAACGUCAUAUCUGCCACAUUUAAUAUGCCGCACUCGCUGAGGUAUCGCAAGGGAAACGACUGGGAAAUGAAAACCCGCCGUGGCCAAUCUGCCCUCUUCGACGCCUUCGCGCACCUCUCCUCGAACGAUUCCUCGUGGAACCACACCUGCGUCGCGUGGACAGGCGAGAUCGAGGCACCAUCCGAGCUCCCAUCUCCCCCCGAUACUCCUCCCAUGACGACCACGAACCUACCUAGCCUGAACAAACUGUCCGCCCCGAUUCCGGUCGACGUGGGCGCCGAGAAGUCCGCGCCCGCUCCUCCCUCGAAAGAUGGGCUCUGGAUCCCCAAGGAGGACAUGGACAGGCUCGAGUACCAGCUGUCGCAUGACAAGAAGAUCAAGACGGUGCCUCUGUGGCUGGCGGAUGACGCCGACGGCCAAGAGGACGGAAUCAUGCUCAAGGACCAGUCGAGAUGGAGGCGCUAUGCGGAGCACGAUCUCUACACCCUCUUCCACUACAAGACCCAGAUGCCGUCAGACGGCCGGAAGGAGCGCAUCCACUGGGCCGACUACUACCGCAUGAACCAGAAGUUUGCCAACAAGAUCCUCGAGAUCUACAAGCCCGGCGACGUUGUGGUGAUCCACGACUACUACCUCAUGCUCCUGCCCAGCAUGCUGAGGCAGCGCGUGCCGCACAUGUACAUCAGCUUCUUCCUGCACUGCCCGUUCCCGUCCAGCGAGUUCUUGCGCUGCCUGCCGAGACGUAAGGAGAUCCUGGAGGGCAUGCUCGGCUCGAACCUGGUUGGCUUCCAGAGCUACAGCUACAGCCGUCAUUUCAGCUCCUGCUGCACGCGGAUAUUGUCUUACCCCUCCGAUACCGGUGGCGUUGAGGCAUAUGGCUCUCGGGUCGAGGUCGGGGUCUUUCCCAUCGGUAUCGAUGCCGCUAAGGUUAAGUCCAUGGCGUUUGCCGACGAGGUUAACGACAAGGUUAAGGCGCUCAAGAAGAUGUAUGCGGGGAAGAAGAUAAUCGUGGGCCGGGACCGAUUGGACAGCGUUAGGGGCGUGGCACAGAAGCUAAUGGCAUUUGAGCGAUUCCUCGAGCUGUACCCCGAUUGGCACGAGAAGGUGGUGCUGAUUCAGGUCACCAGCCCGACCUCGAUCGAGGACAACUCGGAGGGCGACGAGAACAAGAUCGCCAGCCGGGUCAACGAACUGGUCAGCAGCAUUUCCGGCACGUACGGCCACCUCGGGUAUGAGCCAGUGCAGCACUUCCCCCAGUACCUCAGCCAAGACGAGUACUUUGCCCUGCUGCGGGCUGCAGACAUCGGAUUGAUAACCUCGGUCCGAGAUGGGAUGAACACAACCUCCCUGGAAUACAUUGUGGCCCAGCGUGAGAACCACGGACCCCUGAUCCUGUCCGAGUUCAGUGGCACGGCGGGCAGCCUCAAGGAUGCCAUCCACAUCAACCCGUGGGACCUGUCCGGUGUUGCCGACGAGAUCAACAACGCACUCACAAUGAGCGACGAAAAGAGAGAAGCCAUGCACAAGUCCCUGUACCAGCACGUCACCACCAAGAACGUGCAGAGCUGGAUCGGCGCCUUCCUGGACCGGCUGGUCGAUGUGCUCGGCAGCUCCAAGAAUACCAUCUCUACCCCGCUUCUCGACCGCGCCCUGAUGCUCAAGUCGUACAGGGCUGCCGAGAAGCGCCUCUUCAUGUUCGACUACGACGGCACGCUCACACCCAUUGUCAAGGAGCCCUCCGCCGCCAUCCCCAGUGCACGUGUUAUCAACACGCUGACGACCCUGGCGUCGGAUCACCGCAACGCAGUCUGGAUCAUUUCAGGCAGAGACCAGGCCUUCCUCACGCAGCACCUGGGACACAUCGACGAGCUCGGCUUCAGCGCGGAGCACGGAAGCUUCAUGCGACACCCUGGCUCCAAGGAGUGGGAGAACCUGGCCGAGAAGUUCGACAUGGGCUGGCAGUCUGAGGUGAUGGAUGUGUUCCAGGCGUACACUGACAGGUGUCCUGGCUCCUUCAUCGAGCGCAAGCGAUGCGCACUCACCUGGCACUACCGGCUGGCGGACCCCGAGCAAGGCCCGCACCUGGCGCACGAGUGCCACAAGGAGCUCGAGGCGACGGUCGGGCGCAAGUGGGACGUGGACGUGAUGCCGGGCAAGGCAAACAUCGAGGUCCGCCCCACGUUUAUCAACAAGGGCGAAAUCUCCAAGCGCCUCGUGCUACAGUACAACAACGAGAUGAGCAACAUCCCCGGCAGCGCCGUCUCCACCGGCAAGCCCAACAGCAACAAGGUCGAGUUCGUGCUGUGCCUGGGCGACGACUUCACGGACGAGGACAUGUUCCGCGCCCUCAACGGCCUGAGCGCACCGCCGACGGACAAGGGCGAGGAGGCCAAGGUCGACGCGGAGAACGUGUUCACCGUCACGGUCGGGGCGAGCACAAAGGUCACCCUGGCCCGGUGGCACCUGCUCGAGCCCGAGGACGUCGUCGACUCGGUCGCGCUGCUCGCGGGCGUCGGGGCCCACGGCGCAAACGCGGCGGGCGGCGCGCUGAGCAUGGGCGAGGUCAACCUGGCGGCGCUCAGCACCGUCGAGGGCCACGUGCCCGAGACCAUCGAGUAAGAGGGGCGAUACCCACCACUCAUGACAUCCAAGAUAGACUCGCAUGGGAAUGUUUCGGUUUUGAGGAGUUCAGCCGGCGAAAGAAUUGGUGGGCAAUUGUGUGCAGGUGUGCGGAAUAACUACGGCAUCACAAGCGGCGGAGGUAAACGGGACUUUUUGUUGGGUCAGCAACAGCAUUGAUGGGCAAGCCUUUUUGCGUCUGUUUUGGGGGGGCGGACUUUUUCUAUCUACACUUCCUCCCUGCCUCCCGCCCCUCCUCCCCUUCCCCCCCUGUUUUCUGUCUACACAGUUUGAGUUUGAUUAUUCACCACAGGGUAUGACUAGAGUUCACUUUGAUAGGAUCCAUCCCCCGGGCGAGGGGUGCAGAUCAAGCAGGGCAAGCAGAGCCACACACGCGAUAGAUCUUAGACAGAUGGCCUGGAUAGAGGGCGAGAAUCAGAGUUAUUAAUUAUAAAGUACUUGGACUGCCUCUUA